AUGCCUUACUCCCUCGAGCAGAUGGAAGGAACCGCCCUGCCAAGGCAAGGCCGUCCUUCGAACCCCUGUUUCAACAGCUACGAGACGCGAGAUCUCAUCGCCUUAUCCUCCUGGGCAUCUGCUCUCUCAAGCCCCCGCGGCACGACAAGCCACUUUCUCGAUGCGGGGGCCCUUCAAGAGGCCUCGCCUGACUAUAUACUGUUGUGCCUGGGGCUCUUCAGGAGGGAUCUGACUGGAGACCCACUGACGGUGUUGGCACCCAAUACAAUAUCUGGAAUCAUACCUGUUGUAUGCAAGGCCAUUACGCAAGUACUGAAGGAGAAGAUGAGAGUGCCAAAAACUCGAGAAGAGUGGUUGCAAGUAUCUGAGGAGUUUUUCAUGCAGUGGAACUUUCCAAACUGCAUUGGAGCUCUUGAUGGGAAACACAUUGAAAUUCCUCCACCACGGAAUUCCGAGUCAACGUACUGGUAUUAUAAACACUUCAAUAGUAUUGUGCUGUUGGCACUCGUCAAUGCCCACUUGAAAUUUUUAUUUGUAGACGUUGGCACAAAUGACCGCAUCAGUGAUGGAGGAGUUUACAAUAAGUGCACCCUGAAGAAAUUCAUUAAAGGCCUAAAACUCAACAUAGCAGCAGGGAAAUUUCUUCCUAGCACAAAUGUUCCUGCUCCUUUCGUAAUAAUGGCCGAAGAUGCUUUCCCGUUUGAGGAGAACAUCCUCAAUCCCUAUAAGGGAACAUCCCUCACAGAAGAGAUAAUAUUCAAUUACCGCCUGUCAAGGGCUCGAAGAGUUACGGAGAAUGCUUUCGGCAUCUUGGCCAACAGGUUCCAGGGUUUUCCAAAGCGAAAUUUUGACUCUCCCUGUAAAGGUAAUAAGUAUAGUCAUGGCUGCAUGUAG